AUGAAGACCUCCGUGGCUGUGUUGACUUUAUCCCUCUUCUACCUUAGUGUGGCUGAGGUGCAGCAGCUGGAUGACCAAGCAGAACAGGUCCCAAGCAUGGAGAUUCCUAAUGUCGAGCGAACAUGUCCCUGUGCUGGUGACGUAACAGGGAGCCAGAUAAACCAUUGGCACCUUUUUGACAUCUUAAGAGACCUGGAGGCCAAACUGAAGAACACUGAAAAACAAUUAGAGGAUCUGAAGAGAGAUGUCCAAGGUAACAGUGUGGCAUUUGGAGCAUCUCUCGGCCCCGGUGGAAGUGUUGGACCUUAUAAUGUUGAGAUCACGCUGACCUACAAGAAUGUGUACUCAAACACAGGCGCAUACAAUCCUGCGACAGGUAUUUUCACUGCUCCAGUCAAAGGAGUUUAUUACUUCAGCUUCUCUGGCCAUAAUUUAUCAUCUAGACCAAUGGGGCUGCGCCUGAUGAAGAAUGGAGUGCAGAUGGUUACUGUGUACAACCAUCCAGCUGGAAACUGCUAUGAGACCGCAACCAAUGGCAUGACUCUACAGCUUGAAGUGGGAGACCAGGUGUACAUGAGACUGCGGCCUGACACCUGGAUUGUUGAUAAUGGUAAUAACCACAGCACCUUCAUUGGUCAUUUGUUAUUCAAUCUGUAA